AUGGGGUUAAAGGAUUUCGGGGCCGGUGCCCGCUGUGGUCAAUGUUUUCUCAUUGUCCUCAACAUCUGGUUUGCCCUACUGGGCAUUGCUAUGAUAGUCCUGGGCGUGUUUGUCCGGGCGGGGAAGGUCGGCGACAACCGGAUACUCCAGAUGUUACGUCAGCUUGACUUCGGUGGCAUUAAUGUCGGGGACGGCAUCCUGGCGCUCUCCGCUAUCGUCAUCGUUGUUGGUGUGUUCACACUGCUCCUCUCUGCCGACGGCGGGUUUGGCGCGUGCUUCAGGAAGAAAGGGAUGCUUAUUCUGUACGUGGUGAUCCUGGCUAUAAUACUGAUCCUAGAGAUAGCGCUGCUGGCAGUCUGGAUCAAGUUUGUGUAUGGGGUGAGAUAG